CUUGCACUCAACAUUUCCGUUUACUUUCUCCAAGUCCUCAUCGGAAUAUCAUUACUGCACGCGGGACAGAAGUUCUAUCAGACAUUGACCACAGGCCUACCUAUCAGCGUAGUCAACGCAUUAGUUCGCAAUCAUUCGUAUCAUGCCCCGCGAGACUGAGUACUAUGAGCUCUUGGGCGUGUCAGUCGAUAUCGACAAUGCCGCCGAGCUCAAGAAAGCCUACAGGAAGCAGGCGAUGAUAUGGCACCCGGAUAAGAACUCUUCGCCCCAGGCGAGCGAGAUGUUUCAGAAGAUGAGCAGGGCGUAUGAGGUCUUGAGUGAUCCUCAACUCAAGACGAUAUACGACAAGGAAGGCGAGAAGGGGCUGCAACCGACUGCCACAGGGGAGGGCGUCCCGGACCCCAUGGAGUUCUUUGCCCAGAUCUUCGGUGGGGAUGCAUUUGGCGACUAUGUGGGGGAGAUCUCUCUCAUUAAGGACAUGUCCGAUAUGGCAGGCGUCAUCAUCGAGGAUGAGGAAGGCGAGCCUGCGGGUGGCACACCGCCCGCAUCAGGCACUGCCUCUCCUGCGGGGGCGACAGCAGGCACUUCGACACCCAUCUUCGUCACCACUCCUUGGGGGGAAACGACUCCCGCCCCACCUGCCCCCGAAGCCCCCUCUGCGGCCGAACCUUCACAAGCACCGACGCUCUCUCACCAAAGCAGUAUCGCCUCUUCCUCGAUGCUGCGUAUCGACGACAGCACGGGUCGAUCGUCCAAGGCGAGCAGUGUGAGCGAACGGCGUAAAGAGGAGAAAUCUGCUGCCCGGGCGAAGAAGAACAAGCUCACGCAGGAGCAGCGAGAGAAGCUGCAGGAGAUCGAGGCCAAACGCGCUGCGGCGAUGGAGGCGCGUAUCAAAGACCUUACGGAGAAGCUCAAAAAGAGGCUUGAGCCGUUCGUUGAAGCGAAGCACCCUGGAGAAAAGGGCGAUGUGGAUACCGAGGCGUUUGAGAAGAAGAUGAGGGCCGAGGCGGAGGAGCUCAAGUUUGAGAGCUUUGGCCUGGAGCUUCUACACACAAUCGGAGACAUCUACGCUAUCAAGGCAACAUCUGCCCUCAGGGCGCGCAAGUUCCUAGGCAUUCCGGGGUUCUUCUCCCGCAUGAAGGAGCGUGGCUCUUUCAUCAAGGAGGGUCUCGGUGUGCUAAGCAGCGCGAUAUCCGUGCAGGCAACUAUGCAGGAGAUGGAGCGCAUGUCCGAGAAAGGCGAGAUCCCUGAGGAACACCUUGCCAUCCUCGAAAAGGACAUGACGAGCAAGAUCCUGCUCGCUUCCUGGCGGGGAACGCGAUUUGAGGUCGUCCAGGUCCUGCGUGAAGUGUGCGAUCGUGUACUCAAGGAGAAGGGAGUGUCGGAUCAGGUACUGCUCAAUAGGGCCAGGGGCCUUUUCUACCUGGGCGCGAUAUUCAAGAGUACCAAGGCGGACGAGUCGGACGAGGAGCGCAGAGAGCUCGAGCGGCUCGUCGCUGAGGCUGCACAGUCAAAGAGCAAGAAGAGGAAAGAUGCCAAGGCCGCCGCUGCGGCUGCAGCUCAUGCUCAUGCCCACACCAACACCCACACCCACGCCAAGGCGUAG